AUGAACCGCUUCCUCAGCACUACUAAUCCAGACAUUGUAAUCAUCACAGAACAUGGGCUCAAAAAGACAAAUUUAGAAACUACUUACCUACAGAGCUACACACUCAUUGAAAGUUUUUGUCAAAAGACCAAGGGAUCAGAGGAACAUCAGCAGAUUGGUUUCAGGAGUUACUUAACAGGCAGAACUCAGGCAGUUGAAAUAAAAACUUCAAAUAAUGGAGUAACGAAAAGAACUGUCUCUAAAGCAUUGCCAGUUGACAGAGGUGUCCCACAAGGAUCAGUACUGGGCCCUAUUCUCUAUAUCAUCUUUGUAAUAGCAACAUUGACAGUUAUCAGCUACACAACUCCCAUCUUUGUAAUCAUCAUUUUGCCUAUUGGGAUCCUCUACUUCUUUGUACAGCGUUUCUACGUCGCCACAUCAAGACAACUAAAGAGACUAGAGUCAGUCUCCCGUUCUCCUAUAUAUUCACACUUUGGUGAAAGUGUUACAGGUGCUGUUUCAAUACGUGCUUAUGGAGUUCAACAUAGAUUUAUUAAAGAAUCAGAGGAUAAAGUGGAUUUCAACCAAGUGUGCCUGUUCCCCAGCUUAAUCUCUAACAGGUGGUUAGCAGUAAGGCUUGAGACUGUCGGAAAUCUUAUUAUUUUCUUCUCUGCCUUGUUUGCUGUGCUUGGUCGAGACACAAUGAACCCCGGAUUGGUUGGUCUGUCAAUCAGUUAUGCUCUUCAGAUCACACAAACUCUAAACUGGUUGGUGCGGAUGACAUCAGAUGUGGAGACCAAUAUUGUAGCUGUUGAAAGAAUAAAGGAGUAUGGAGAAACUCCCCAGGAAGCGGCAUGGGAGGUGAGUCCUGGACCACCAGCGUCUUGGCCGGACAAGGGACAAGUGGACUUCAAGAACUACCAAGUACGAUAUCGAGAGGGACUGGAACUUGUGCUCAAGGGAGUCACUUUCUCAGUCAAAGGGGGGGAAAAGGUUGGAAUAGUAGGACGCACAGGAGCUGGAAAAUCUUCCCUCACUCUCUGUUUAUUCCGUAUACUGGAGGCUGCCGGGGGUCAGAUCACAAUCGAUGGACAAGACAUCUCCAAGCUGGGUCUGCACGACCUCAGAUCCCGGCUCACUAUCAUUCCUCAGGAUCCAGUGUUAUUCUCAGGCACUCUACGGAUGAACCUGGACCCAUUUGACAAGGAAAAGGAUGAAGCUGUUUGGCGUGCCUUGGAAUUGGCACACCUGAAACACUUUGUGAAGGGCCUCAAUUUAGGACUACAACAUCAAGUUGCAGAGGGAGGCGACAACCUCAGUGUUGGACAAAGACAACUGAUAUGUCUGGCCCGAGCCCUCUUGCGCAAAACUAAAGUCCUAAUACUGGACGAGGCAACAGCUGCUGUGGAUCUGGAGACGGAUGAUUUGAUCCAGCGGACUAUCAGGUCUCAGUUCAAUGACUGCACAGUACUCACGAUCGCACACCGGCUCAACACCAUCAUGGACUCUGACAGAGUAAUUGUUCUGGACAAGGGCCUGAUUGUUGAAUACGACUCUCCAGAAAAUCUGCUGAAGAACAAAUCUUCAAUAUUCUACGGAAUGGCAAAAGAUGCAAAUCUUGUCUGAUAUUUGGUUAAAUUAGUAUGUAGUAUAAUUUAAAAUGUGCGCCAUAAGACUCUAGUACUUCAAUUUUAAAAGUGUACUUAAAAGCCAGAGCUUGCAACAUCACCAUUGUUAUCUUUGUUGUGUAGUCCAUUUUGUGUACAAGAAUACAAUUUUACAAGUUUAGGAAGUAAUCAAAAGAGUUUUAGUAUCAAAUUAAUUUUUAUUUUAUUCUAUAAACUCUGUUAUAUUUAAAUAUUUUUAAAUCUUGUUUUUAAUUAUGUAUUGUGUUUUUCAUUGCUAAAAACAUUUUGUACCUAUUUUACAGUAUGUUUACUUUAUAAUAACUAAUAUAGUUUAUAUGAAUUGUCUUCAUAAAAAAUACAGAGAAAAGCUAUAAAUGAACAACUAAUUAAUAUAACAUUUUAUCUCAUAAUUCUGUCUUGAAGUGAGCUUUAGACAAAUAUAAUUACAUUUUCAACCGGUUUAAUACUUUUUCAUGGUAAAUUACUGUUUCUGUAAUUCAACAUUGCAAUAAAGAGUCAAUUUAAAGUGUGCUAUAUUACUGCCAUUUCAGAAAUAAGUUGCCCGUUUUCUCUUUAUAUUAAUUACUGGUGCUGUUGUUAUUUUUAUUUCAAAUCUAUAUUUUUUAUGUUCUUUUUACUAGAAUGUAUCCUAUUUUACUUGUUAUUUUAUUGUUUAAGUGUAAUGGAUGAGUUCAACUACUUAGUUAUUGUUUACAUUUUUAGUGGUAGUACAUUUUCAUUUCAAUGUUACAUGUAGUGUAGUUUUGUUGUAAAUUGAUGUAGGUGUUUAUUUUAACAAAACAUUUUUACAUCUUUCCAGGUACAUGUUUUUACAAAUAAAAUCACUUAUAUUCAUGUAAUAUUGAUUGUUAGAACUCUGUAGGUUCCUUUUUGGUUAUGUGGUUUCAAACAGUAGAUUAAAUUAUUUUUGUACUUAUACAGGUACCUAUUUUGUAAGUAUGUAAAAUGCUAAGUAGUAGGCUGAGUGAUGGUAAGUGCCUACUUGUUGUGUUUACAAAUUGCUAUAAUGAGCAGCAUAGGAUCAGUACGAAUUAAAAAAUUACCUAUUUGUAUUAUAGGAUAGAAUUUUGUAUACUUAAAAUACUGCUGUGUUAUUUACAUUCUCAUGUUAUAAUAUUUUGUUAAAUGUAAUGUACCUUAUUUUUUAAACUAUCUUUUUAACCGUA